GUUACUUUUGGGUUUGUUAGGAUAAUUCAUAGUGCAUCUGCUUUUGUAUAUGUGGUGGUCUUAUUGUAUACAAAUACAGUAAUGUCGCCAUUUCAGGUUGUGGCAUUGUCUUCUGGUGAAAAAAUUUAUAUUCCUUUUUGCCCGUUGGUUCAGAUCACUGACUGUCUUGAUUUCCCUAAACCCACUUAUUUUGUGGUUGAUGCGGUCAAGUGUUACUCAUGUGUUUAUAUAAGGACAGAGGGUGCACAUGGUAUAUUUUGGUUUAAUGGUGGGGAGGCAGCCACUAUUGAUAAAUCUAAGGAAAUUGCAGCCCUUAGAGCAAUCAAUUUCUUAAUCAAGAAGUAUGGUGUUUGUGUUGGUGAUUUUACUAUGGAUAGGAUGCGUAUGUAUGAAAAAUGUGGGAAGUUGUAUAGGUUGAAACGGAACUCUAUGGAGUCUGGUGAUAAGAGGAAGUGCUGUGGUAACAAGGUUGCUGGUGCAGUUGUACAUGUUGCGCUUGACUAUGUGGGGUUUAUGCCUAGGGUUAUUAGGAAGACUGGAGUGCUUGUCAUAAGUAUAGAAACAGUGUAUUCUGCUGGUCUGGGGUAUUUGUCUUGGCUUACAGUGACAUGUCCUCAUACUAGGAGUGGAAUGGAGUGUUUUUUUAGUGAAUUGUGCCCAGAUAGUAAUAAGUCCAAACAGAUGGUUGCAAAUAUAUUAAUUGCUGAGAUAUGUUGCUAUUGAUGUUUGUGGGCAGAAGAGGAGGCGGUCGGAUUGCUAGAAUGCCUAGACAAUUGCGUGCUGAACGCUUGGCUAAUAACACUGGUAGUAUUAAGUUCUACUAAUUCUGAAAUAAGUAGUGAUCAGGUAUUUGCAAACUUUGAAUGUAGCAUGAUACUGUACCUAUAUGUGUGAUGUAGAUACAGUAGCAUAUGAUAUUCAGUUGGAGGCGCCGGUCAGAAGGAGUGCUUCAAGGUCUGUAUAGCUGUAUUGUACUUUAUAUAUGGAAGUGUAGAGGUUCUCGUAUGGUGAUUGUGGAUUUCUUAUGUAAUGUGGAUUGUAACGGCAGGACUAGGAUGCAUAGUCAAUUGCAGCAUCAGGCUCUGAACAAUAUUGGUAAUGGUGCCUUUGAUGUUCAGUAGUUGGUAUGUAGGAAUAUGUAGAGACUGAUAAUAGAGUAGUGCUUAAUAUAUAAAGCUGCAGAUGAAUCAGAGGCAUCUACUGAAUCGCAUUUGGUACCUAAUCCAGUUGUAAUACCACAGUAUGGAGAACGGAAGAGUAUACGUAGGAGAACAAUUGAAGCAAUGUCUGACUUAGAACCUGUGAGGUAAUAUUAGCAUGGAACAUGUUUAGACUAAACAUAUGUAUAUGUAUAUCCGUCAGUAAUAUACAUGUGUAUAUUUAUAUAUUGUCCUCUUUGGAAGCAGACCCAUUGUACCUAGGGAACGACGGAUCCGUCAAAGUAAAAGCAACAUAGGUAUUAUUUGAUUUAGCUCUACUGAUUUACAUAAAUCUAAUUCCUGAUGAUGUCAGGUCAUUACCUACAAAAUACUUAGGAGAUAAUGUUUGAUGCAGAUGUACCAGCAGCAACUAUUGGCUUGCAAUUGCCUGGUUGUCCUAUUAAGUUGCCUCCUCCACAUUAUUAUGAAAAAUGCAAUGCAAAGAAAUUUGCAUUUGAGAGUUUACAUUUUUUUUGUGGUAAUGGUGAAAUUGAAAUAGCCAUGAAUGAAUAUCAUGUUGAACUACAGAGACUUUUUACAAGUGAUGAUGAAGAUGCUAUGCAUUUUAAGAAAUAUGCUUGAUUAUACAAUGACUUAUUUGCUUUUAGUUCAUUAGGUGGUAAUUUUGAUGCUAACAGUUAAAAAGGUAUUUAUGUAAUCAAAGUGCAUGGGCAGAUGUAUCAUUUUGUCCCAGAUUUAAUUCCAUGUGAUGGGAAUCCAAAAUAUUUGCAACUGUAUUUUUAUGAUGGAUUGCAUGAAGCUACUAAUCGUACAGACAGUUUUCCAGAGACAAGGGAAGAUAUUGUUUCUAUAUUGAUGAAUGUUAGUAGCGAUAAUCCAUAUGCAAGGUUUUUUAGAUCUUUACGAGAGAUCCCUGUUGAUGAGACCACAACUAUAAUGUUGAACAAAAAUACAGUACCAGAUCAACGAGUAUAUAAUACUCCAUCUACUGAUGAAGUUGCUGGUAUCUGGCCAGAGAGUUCAUAUUCUAGCCAAAGCAGUACUCCUCAUGUUAUUGUUCGAGGGAAGUCAUCUGAGUCACAUCGAAUUCAGCAUUAUUAUGGAUGCUAUGAUCCAUUGCAGUAUCCACUUCUAUUUCCAAGAGGCAAGUGUGGAUGGACUCGAGGACUUAAGAAAAGAACAUAGGGUGGGAGUCAACAACUAGCCAUGGAAGUGGAUUAGGUGAUGUCUUGUGCUGUCCAUACUACAGAAGAGCUACUUGCAGAAAAAGGAUCUCGUUUUGCAAGAAAUAUACAAAGGCGGAUAAGUAUGUGUCGGCAAGAGAGUAUUAUGCCUAUAAGUUAUAGAUUAAGCCGAAUAAUUUGCUUCUUCGGGCUGGGAGGUGUUUUCAGCAAUAUAUUGUUGAUAUGUAUGUUAAAAUAGAGAAUACUGAACUUGAUUUUUUCCGCAAGAACCAGGAUACUAUAAGAGCUGAUUUAUACCAAGGUGUGCUUGAUUCUCUGGACUGUGGUGAAACUAUAGCAGCUAAUGUUGGCCGCAGAGUAAUCUUACCUCCUACAUAUAUUGGUGGCUCGCGAGAUAUGAAAGCGACGAUAUUUCAAUGCAAUGGCUUUGGUCCAAAAGUUUGGUAAGGCAGAUCUCUUUGUAACCAUGACAUGUAAUGCUAAUUGGCCAGAGAUUAAGAAUGAGUUGAGUGGUCGGGAGCAAGCACAAGACCGUCCUGAUUUAGUGGCCCGAAUUUUCCAUGCUAAAUUAAUUGCUUUAAAGAAAGAGAUCAUGGAAAAAAAGUGUUUUGGCGAGGUUGCUGCUAUGAUAUAUGUAGUUGAACUCCAGAAACGUGGUCUUCCACAUGCUCAAUUCUUAAUAAUUUUGAAACCAGAAUUCAAGAUGAAAUGUGUUGAAGAUUAUGACAAGUUUGUAUGUGCAGAAAUUCCUCCUGUCACUUCUUCUGGUUUACGAAUGAUAGUACUUGGGCAUAUGAUGCAUGGUCCGUGUGGAAGUUUGAUUCCUAAAUGCUUAUGAAUGAGAAGAUCUGGGAUGCAAGUGUCUUGCAAGUAUGGUUUUCCUAGACAAUUUUGUGAUGAAACCAGUGUUAAUAAAGAUGGUUAUCCUCUAUAUAGAAGGAGAAAUACAGGAGAAGUGUCAGAAUACGGGGUGCUCAGCUUGAUAAUCGCUGGGUAAUUCCAUAUAAUCCAUAUCUAUCACUAUUGUUUAAUUCUCAUAUUAUGUUGAGGUGCGUUCAAUUAUCAAAGCAGUAAAAUAUUUAUGCAAAUAUGUAUAUAUGUAUAUAAGGGUCAUGAUCGUAUACAAUAUAAUUGCCUCAGACGGACAAAGUGGUGGAUGAAAUUGAAGAAUAUCAAUCUGGGAGAUGGGUAUCUCCAUGUGAAGCUGCCUGGAGGAUUUUCAGUUUUGAUUUGUUUGAAAUGCAUCCACCAGUGUUUCCACUGCCAGUACAUUUGCCGAAUAUGCAGAGCAUUCUACUUAGGCCUCAUGAACAGCUCAAAUAUGUUGUUUCAGAUUAUAAACGGAGUAGAACUCCAUUAACUUCUUUGCAGCUAAUGCUGAUGUUACAUGUAUUGCCUAUAUUCUAAAUAUUAUAGUCAGUCACUAUUAAUUAAAUUGU